GGAGUUUCCAGUGUCACACUAGUGGUGUCCUGACCCCUUGUGGGCCUGGAGAUAGAGCUUCCACCUCCACGUAAAAGGCUGCUGGGAAACUGGAUCCUGUGUCUGGAUAGAAUUUCUCCCAUGAGCCUCUGCUCACCCACCAGAGUGCUGACCUAGAUCCCAGACGUCAGCAGGAUGGAAGAGAAGCUGAAGAAGGCCAAGAUCAUCUUUGUGGUGGGCGGGCCUGGCUCAGGAAAGGGCACCCAAUGUGAGAAGAUUGUGCAGAAAUAUGGCUACACCCACCUCUCUACUGGGGACCUGCUUCGGGCAGAAGUCAGCUCUGGAUCAGAGAGGGGCAAGAUGCUGUCAUCUAUCAUGGAAAAGGGAGAGCUGGUGCCACUGGAUACGGUGCUGGACAUGCUCCGGGAUGCUAUGUUGGCCAAAGUGGACUCUUCCAACGGCUUCCUGAUCGACGGCUACCCAAGGGAGGUGAAACAGGGAGAAGAGUUUGAACAGAAGAUUGGACAGCCCACACUGCUACUGUAUGUGGACGCAGGCGCAGAGACCAUGACCCAACGACUCCUUAAGAGAGGGGAGACCAGUGGCCGCGUGGAUGACAACGAGGAGACAAUCAAGAAGAGGCUGGAGACUUACUACAACGCCACAGAACCUGUCAUCUCCUUCUAUGACAAACGUGGCAUUGUGCGCAAGGUCAAUGCCGAAGGCACAGUGGACACUGUUUUCUCUGAGGUCUGCACCUAUCUCGACUCCCUGAAGUAACUGGAGCCCUUGGCCAGCUCCCAGCCCGCCCCACCCUUGCCCCCUGACCCCAGGCAGCCUGGCUCAAGCCCAGCACCUCCACCCUGCUGGGCUGUGCACAGACACAGGAAGCCAUGUUAUCCUGUCCCAUGGACACUAAAGAAAUUGCCAAGGA